CCCGGGUGGGGAGGGUGAAGAAGGAGGCGGCCCAGCCAGCAGUGGCGGCGCAAUGGGGCUGCGAGCGGCAGGAGCACUGAGUAGGGCUGGGGCCGGUAGGGGGGCGCCCGAGGGACCCGGGCCCAGCGGUGGCGCGCAGGGGGGCAGCAUCCACUCCGGCUGCAUCGCCGCGGUGCACAACGUGCCACUGAGCGUGCUGAUCCGGCCUCUGCCGUCUGUGCUGGACCCGGCCAAAGUGCAGAGCCUCGUGGACACGAUCCGGGAGGACCCAGACAGCGUGCCCCCCAUCGAUGUCCUCUGGAUCAAAGGAGCCCAGGGUGGUGACUACUUCUACUCCUUUGGGGGCUGUCACCGUUACGCAGCCUAUCAGCAGCUACAGCGAGAGACCAUCCCUGCCAAGCUUGUCCAGUCCACCAUCUCGGACCUAAGGGUGUACCUGGGUGCUUCCACUCCAGACUUGCAAUAGCAGGCUCCUUGCCACCUGCCAACACUCCUGAAAGCCCAAAAGACACACCUGGCCUCCAGUGGGCAGGGCCAUGCAAAAGGUGUAGCAGGGGGGCAUUCUCUUUGUGCCUGGAAGGAGGAGGGUCUGGCGCUAAGCACCCUCUCUGCUAACUGCAAGACCUUGGACUCACUGCUGAACAGUGUGGGAGGCCCAGUUCCCACCCCUGUGAAAAUGGGCCAUGUCUUCGCUUUUGAGGGGUUACUGAGAGGAUGAAAUGAGAAAGGAGAUGGGUUUGGAGAACCACAGGCUGCAGGCUCCAGAGUACCAAGGGCAAGGAUCCUUCUGCAUUUUCCUCUUUGUAUAUCCAGUUAUGUGGGACACAGUGAGCUCUAAGCAAAGGAAAACCUAGUUCAGCAAGGAGAAAGUUGUUCCAUAUAGCGUCAAUUCUAGAGGCAGGUGACUACCAGCAUUGACUUAACAACUCGGCCAAGGUGCGGCACACAUCUCUGUGGUCCUUUCAGCCUUCCCUCGUUACUGGUUGCUUCAUGGUCACAAGACGGCUGCUGUGCCUCCAGGGAUCAUGGCUCUGUUCCAGGAAGCAAGUAGUGGGCAUGAAGGAAGGGCCGAGCCAGCUGGACUGUCCACUUCUAUCGUAAAGUCAAACCUUUCUCAGAGGUCUUUUUCCUGUUCUGUCCCCUGCAUAUUUCCACUUAGGUUUCCUUGGCCCAAAUCAGCUACCAUUGUCUCCCCUAGAUGCAAAGAAAGCUAAGACAGCAGGGAACAGAAUUGUCACAAUUGAGUGGACCAAUCACAUCCCAGCUCCUGGGACUGGCACACUGCCUCCCGAAUCAAAAUGGAACCCCACUACCGAAAGAAAUGAGUAAUUGUUAUCAGUUAGCCUUUGCUGUGUAACAUACCAUCCCCAAACUUAGCAGCUAAAAACAAGUCAUUUAUUUGCCCACAAUUCUGUGGGUUGGCAGUUUGGACUGGGUUCAUCUGGCCAGUUCUGAUGUCACCUAAGGUGGACUCCUGGGACUGCAUGCAAUCAGCUGUCGCCUCGGGUCUGUCCAGGAUGUUCUAACUCACUUGUCUGGCAGUUGGCGGGCUGUUGGCUGGGUGACUAGUUCUCCAUGUGGCUUCUCCAGCAGGCGGCUAACUCAGGCAUGGUCACAUGACAGCCUCAGGAUUCCAAGAGGAUGAGAGUAGAAGCUGCGAGCUUCUUGAGUUCUAGGCCCAGACUUGGUACAAUGUCACUUCUGCUAAGUUCUUUUGAUCAGAGCACAUCAUAAGGCUGGGCCAGAUCCAAGGGGUGGGGAAACAGACUAUUCCUCUUAGAGAAACUGAAAAUAAUGUGGCCUUUUUCAUCUUUCAUACAUUAUCUGCCUAGGCAAAUAGCAGUGUUUCUCUCUCUCUUGCACAGGGAGGGGCUCUCUCUGCCCAGGCUGAAGUCACUAGGCAUUGUUCCAGCCUCAAACCUAGGGGAAGGGUUGAUUGGGCAGGGGCUGGAUUUCUCCCAGGGCUGGGCCCACUCUAGGAGGGGCAUCUCGUUACCUGCACUGGUGAGAUGGGGUAGGCCAGGUGGGACAUUCCAGAGGGUCCCAGAGUCCUGGGGGGAGGGGGAUACUUAGAGGAAGGGCACAGAGCGAGGUGGGCCCUGUUUGCCCUGCCCUGCUAAGGGAUGUCGGUCACUUGGCAUGUUCAAGCCUUGGUCUCCAUAGUCCAGUAAUGAAGACAGCAGCUCUCCCACCCAUUCUCUGUCCCAGGGAAAGCUGACCGAGGUGACCGAUAGAAUUUCAAAGGAAUGUACUCCUAAAUGCAGUGUGAUAUCUGGAUUGGAUCCUCAGAACCAAAAAAGGAGUGGGAAACUGGAACUUUGAAUAGGCCUGGAUUGUAGUGGCAAUAACAAAUGAUAGUGUCUUAGCUUCGACGACUUAGUCCCAUGUAAGAUGGGGAAGUGGGGGUGGGCUGGGAAUUCUCCAUACUAUCUCGGCAACUUUCCCGUACAUUGAAAAUCAUUCCAAAAUAAAAGUUUAUUUAGUAAAGACAGGGGUGUGGUUGCUGUAGACCAAUGGUUCAGGUUCUCAGACUGGCUAAAAAAGCCUCAGACUUUGCUAAAACAGACGACUGGGCCCCACCCCCAGAGUUUCUAAUUCAGUAGGUCUGGGUGGGACCUGAGAAUUUGCUUUUAAAAAAAGAUUUUAUUUAUUUAGUUUUAGAGAGAGGGUAAGGGGUGGAGAAAGAGACGGAGAGAAACAUUGAUCGGUUGCCUCUUAUAUACCCUCCGAUCCCCAAGACAUGCUCUAACCCGGAAUCAAACCGGCAACCUUUAGCUUUGCAGGACGACACCCAACCAACCCUGAGCCACACGGGUGAAGGAAGAGAAUUUGCUUUUCUAACAAGUUCCCAGGUACUGUUGCUGCUGCUGCUGCUGGUUGGGGGCCAUAAACUGAGACUUGCUGAUCUAGACUGUGUCACCAAACAUGGUGACACCCUCUCCACCCUCAUUAGGCUGGCUCCCUAAUCAUCUGUGUUCUAGGGCCAGCUCGUACACGUUCCACUGUGACAUCGGAUAAGCCCCUCCCUGGGGGCUUUUGCCAAGCUGUCGAAUGGACUGUCUAUCCCCAAGGUUGGUAGCAAGGGUCAGGAAUCGGAGGACAUGGUUUGUAUACUAUGCUGUCAGGAGGUGCCACCAGCUCAUGAUUGGUUAGUUACACAAUGGUUGCCCCUUCCUGAAAGGGUUUUUUCUUCUUGAAGAUAAGAUUCAAGAAGGCAACACUAGGGGCCCUGCUAGACACUGUUUGGGGAUUGCAGAAGAGACUUGGACCCAGAGGGGUUGGUCAUGCGUAAGGAAGAGGUGGGUUUUGAAAGGUGAAACCUCAAUGCUCUCAGUGGAGGCUGAAAGCUGCGUUUCCCUCUUCAGCCAGCAGGUGGCGAUGCUUCCCGGCCUGCUAGAGCCAAGCUGGGCCUAUAGCCCACCGGCUACGGGAAGCGGGUGGCAGAGGGGCCGGCUGAGAGAAGACCCAUCAGUUACCCAGAGAAGCAGGGAGUCCAGGCAUGAGGAGACUGAGCGGGGAGUUUCUAGUUCCAGGUUCUCCGUAUUCUAACCACUCUGGCGCCGUGCCACUGGACAUGUCAUGACUUCUCCAAGCCUGUCUUGUAGUCUGGGGGUGCUGGGCCAGCCAGUCUCAGGCUCAGCAAAGGUGGCACCUCCUCCAAAAAGCGUCCAGAUCCUCCAGGCUGAGCCACAUGUCUCUUACCAGCUCCCCUGAUCUAACGGUGUGUCCCCUCCCCAAACAAACCAUUGCCCCCAGGAGCUUGGGUCCAGUGAAAGGCAGUGUAUAGGGACCCCUUCGCCCCCUCACUGUCUGGGAACCAACCCUCUUCACCAUGGUAGAUUUAUACACUUUUGGAAUUUCAUAAGUUAUAUGUGAACAUUCACCUUUAGGACGUUACGAUAGUAAAAUGCUAAGUAAUUAAACAUUUAAAAUUAAAAUAUUAGAGGCAAGCUGGAGUCCACCAUGA